CCUUGGUUCUAUCAUCAGUUUAAUUAGAGGGGCGAAGUUAUGGCUUGCAGUUCUCGAAACAGAAGGAUCUACAAGGAGCGCAGGAUAGUUAAAAAGCAGACGGGCAACAGUUUGGGUGACGUGCGUUUCAUUCAUUUUUUUUUUCUUACGCCUCGCUCGAGGUAGAAGCUCGAUUUACUAGUUGAACCCUAUGCUGAGUCGCACAGGUCCUUACCUGUGCCUCACUACAGACACUCAGUUGGCCAAUGUCAAGGUUCUGGUUUCAUCCAGAUUGCAUUCAAACUUCUGGGCUUGAAUUUGGACACAGGAUGCCCGGCUUUUGUCUUUACGAACCGAGCGCAAAUCAGGCAUUGUAAUUCAGACAGACUGAGUCCGGAACAUGGAAUCAGUCGAAACGUUUCGACGUUCGGACAAUAACUAGGCGGAAGUUUUUUAUAUUGUCUCACAGUUGACGAACCCGAGCUUCAUAUAUAACCCAGCGCUUGUGUCGCGCGCCGGAGACAUGUUCACUACUCAAGUUAUACGCGACCUUACCAAGGAUUUUCCAACCAUCACUGGAGUUCGUUGGUUCAAUCUUUUCAUAUUACUCUUCACUCCGGCGCUGUCGAUUUAUGGGCUUCUCUAUGUCCCUUUCCUUCUCAAGACUUUUGUUGCUUCUGUGUGCUAUUACACAUUUUCAAUGUUAGGUAUAACUGCGGGCUAUCAUCGACUUUGGUCCCAUAGAUCAUACAAUGCAUCGUUUCCGUUACAGUUUAUCUUGAUGCUAGCUGGAGCAAGUGCAGUUCAAGGUUCUUGUUACUGGUGGGCCCGGCGUCAUCGCUCGCACCAUCGUCACACCGACACCGAUCUUGAUCCUUACAACUCGGAACGCGGGUUGUUGUGGACCCAUAUUGGAUGGAUGAUUUUUGAAUCGGACCUCCGCACUGGUCCUGCUGAUGUGUCCGACUUACGCAAAGAUCCGCUCGUACAAUGGCAACAUCGUUGGUAUUUUUACAUCCUAACAGUAUUCGGUUAUUUGCUCCCAAUGAUUAUUCCUGGUAUUUGUUGGGGAGAUUGGAGAGGUGGAUUUUUCUUUGUUGGGGCGCUUCGCAUGACUGUUUGCCAUCAUAGCACAUUUUGCAUCAACUCAAUCGCACAUUACCUUGGGAGCACGCCAUAUGAUGACAAGCACUCUCCCCGUGAUCAUCUCGUGUCCGCCCUCCUUACCAUGGGCGAGGGUUACCACAAUUUCCAUCAUCAGUUCCCCAUGGACUACCGGAAUGCGUUCCGGUGGUAUCAGUAUGACCCUACCAAGUGGUUCAUUGCCGGAUGCCAUUAUUUUGGCUUGGCCUCGCACCUUCGAGUGUUCCCUAGCAACGAGAUUGAAAAGGGUGCGCUGACAAUGAAACUUAAGGCUCUCAAGGAUGUGCAAGAUUCGUUAAAGUGGCCUGUACCUUCUAGCGAGUUACCUAUAGUAACGUGGGAAACAUUCCAAGAAGAAUCGAAGUCCCGCACUCUCCUUCUCAUAUCUGGUUUCAUUCAUGACGCUUCCCUGUUCCUGGACAGCCACCCUGGAGGACAAGCGUUGUUGACUCACAACGCCGGUAAAGACAUGACGGCGUCUUUCUUUGGAGGGAUAUAUGCACAUUCCCACGCAGCUCACAAUCUGCUUUCAAUGAUGCGCGUGGGUAUCCUUGCGGGCGGAGUCGAAGCUCCCUUGGAACAUAUCCUCCCGCCUGGCCAGAGGCUUUUCAUCAGCACCUAUGUGGGAACAAAAACAAAGGCCACGUUCUCAUAGAAUCUCAUAGAAUGUUGUUAUUCCGUGAUAUGAUCAGUCCAGACCUUUCGUUCGCACUGACUCAAAGCUUAUUAGUACCGUUAUCUUAACCCCCUUCCUGUCUUACCUCGCUGAGAUGUAUCUUAUACUCCUCUAGAAAUAUGUAGCUUCAGUAAUUUGAUCUCUACUUCGUUCACCUCUUCACUGGAUGCUACAUCGUGAAGUUCAUCGCAUUGAAUUUCUGGUCACCAGACUGCAAUUCGAGUUGUACACCUAGUCGAAAGCACGUUCCUGAAGAUUCCCAUCGUAUCAUUUACGGACCUCUCCUUCCCUCGUCCCGCUAUCGGAGUACCCGCCCUUCGCUCUGGAGGUACGUACUGUACAGUACCCUGCCAGUCCCAUAUAUUUGCUAGGUUAAAAAUGGAAUGAAUCGACUGUGGAUUGACAUGUUGGGCUCACUGACAGUGCCUGCUUCGGCACAUCGUAAUUCAUUACAAUAUCGAGCCCUGAACGAUGGUGCAUUGGUUACUCGAGCCCGAUGGCAGCGCACAAGAUAUGAUGCAUGAUGUCGUAUUAUAUGUCCUCGCCAAGCGCAGCCUCAGCC